UUGACGAUGGACAUUACGACCGACUUCCGCAAGCUCGCGCGAUGGACGGACGCGCCGACCGAGGCCAAGCCGGUCUCGGACUUCAUGCAGGAGGCCAUCGAUGUGCUAGAGAGCCUCCGCAAGAUCUCGACGCUUCUGCGCAGCCAGCGCAAGUGCUACGUGGACCCUGCCCGCUUCCUGCCGAGCAAGGCCGCCGCCUUUAGCGACGUGGAGCGCGAAGAGCUUGAGGAGUCGGUGCUCGAGUCGUACCAAGCGUGCGAGCUGCAAAUCGAACAGCUCAAAGACAACAUUCAGGUCGGCCGGUCCAAGAAGCCACAGACGACGCGCAUGCAGAUGGAGAUGGUCGCGUACCUCUCAGACCGCGUCAAGCGGUCGGCGCAGAUUGUCCAAGCGGCGCGGAAGCAGCGCAUUACACGACCCUUCUUUGCGUCGCAGCGAUUCUUGCCCGACUCGACCGAGCUACACGCACCGGAAGCCAAGCCAAAGUCAACCGCGUCACCCAUUGCGACGCCCGUCCAAGACCAGCCCCGCGCCUUACCCUCUGUCCGACACGACGCGAAUGAAAAGUCGUCGUCGUGGGCAUUUACCGAGGACGAAACAGAGCAGUUCCGAGCCGAGAAUAUCCAGCUGCACAAGCAUUUGCAUGAAGAGAUCGAAGCUGCCAAGCGGCUCGAGGCGAGCAUGCACGAGAUCUCGCGCAUCAUGGGCCACUUCUCGGACAACAUUGAAGCGCAGCAUGGCGACCUCGAGAAGAUCGCCGAGAAUGCCGAUACGACGUCAACCAACGUCGUCCAGGGCAACAAAUCGCUCGCCAAGGCGUACGACUAUGGCGAGAAUCGCGGGUUCACCAUCUUCUGCUUUUACGCCGCCGCGUCGGUCUUGCUGCUUGUGAUGCACUAUUAUUAACACUACAUCCGUCGCAUACAACACGAUUUGGCCCCUUUUAAUCACCGCGGAAUAGUGUUG